UAAAUACUCGUGUUGAGUGUACAGCUUCAUCAGUUAAGAGCAAUCCGAGCUAAGAGCAACAAUUAGACACGGGAGAUGUAUAGACACGCGUUUUUGUUUGUUGCGUUCUGCGCUUCCCUGAGUUUCGCUUACCAAGCGGAUAUUGAACCAGUAUUCGAUCGCUACGGGCAAGAGUUUUAUUUGAUCCCCGCCCAAGAGUAUCAAUUGUCAAGACACAGGAGGGAGAGCGAUCACAAUAUUAAACACAAAACUUGGGGUUACAACGAUGAGAAGAAGGGAGACGUUGUAGGUCUUGAAGGAAUCUACACUCAUAGGCCAUCGAAUAGCCAAGUGGGAGUUAAUGCUGAAAAGAGCCAAAGAGCUAACAGUCAUGCUCAAGUUUCUGGUAAAACUCAGUACGAGACUGAUGAUGGUAAUGGCCGAUUUUCGGUGGGUGCUAAUGUCAAUAAGCAGUGGAAUCAGCGUGGACAAACUCACACUGGUUAUGGAUGGGAAGUCGAAGGCGAUUGGGAUUUCUAAUCGUUAUUAACUGUAAUUUAUUAUGUUUUGUAAAUAAAAAAGGAUAGUUAAAAAAA